UCAUUCAGUUUCCUCAUUACUAGCUCAUAAUAUAUCUGUUUUAACUCUGAGAUGUAAACAUGUCUGUGCUGAAUUUCUCCUCCAUACACCUGGUGCUCCUCUUCUCUCUGUCUGAAGUGGUUUAUUCAUCAGAUGGAGAUUUCACACACAUUAAUGGUAGGUGUGAGUUCAGAGAAGUGCAUGAUAUUGAGUAUAUCUUAGAGUUUCAUUUCAACAAGGUGAUGAUGGCAUGGUACAACAGCACCAUGGAUAAAUGGACAGGAUACACACCCCAUGGACUGGAUCUUGCAAGAAUGUUUAACGGAAAUCCUUAUUACCAUGACUCACCAAGAGCUGGAAUGGAUAUUUUGUGUGUGGCCAAUGCUGAUUCAGUCAUUGGCUACCUACAUAAUUAUACAGUUGAGCCCUACGUCAGGCUGAGGUCAGUGGAGACGUUCAAUACCAGACACUCUAGCAUGCUUGUGUGCAGUGCCUACGACUUCUGCCCCAAACCCAUCAGAGUGACGUGGCUGAAGAACGGACAGGAAGUGACCUCAGAUGUGACCUCCACAGAGGAGCUGGCCAAUGGGGACUGGACCUACCAGAUCCACUCCCACCUGGAAUACACGCCCACACCUGGAGAGAAAAUCACCUGUAUGGUGGAGCACUUCAGCCUCACUGAGCCCAAACUGUAUGACUGGGACCCCUCCAUCCCCGAGUCUGAGAGGAAUAAGAUGGUGAUCGGGGCCUGUGGGCUGCUGCUGGGGGUGGUCUUUAUAGCAGCUGGACUGAUCUACUACAGGAAGAAAUCUACUGGGCUGAUUGUGGUGCCAACAAGUUAUGAUAUGGGUCCCUCUAGUGGUUAACAUUUUUUAAGUUUGGAGUUUAAAGCUCAACAAGAGAUUUCAAUCUGAUGACUAGGGUCAAUAUAUUACAGUUUUUCUCAAUUGCUAAAACACAAUUUCUGAAACC